AUGCCUGCUCGCACAGCCGCUGCUAUGUUGCUGUCCACGUUUUAUACCGCCAGCGCGGCACUUCUCUGCGAGGCCGUCAUCGCCGCAGCCACGCCGACUCGCGCAGGCUCGCCGCAAGACGCAACCCUUGAAGCUCGCGGACACCCUCUCUUCAAGAGCCCCUCGUGUACUUACCGCAUCGAAUGCCCCGAGAGGGUGGUCCAGGACGUAAUCCUGUACCAGAAAUGCAUGGCUCAAGGAGAAUGCGACGGCUACCAGUAUAUAGCCACCUGCGCGGAGAAGUGGAAGCCCAAAUGCGCCGACUGCAAAUGCUUCAAAUCCAACGAGUGGUACUGGGAGCCGACAGAAACUACUGCGAAGUACAUGGGCCUUGUCUAUCAAAUCCCCCACCCUGAAGCACGAACGGAUGGCUGA